AUGCUGUUUUUUCAAACGGCAUCUCUGCAGACUGGUCAGAUGCGUUUGGGCGAGAGGAAGAGCUUAGAUUUGAGGAAAGCAGGUUCUGCGGUUUCUGAUGAGGAAAAGGUGUCCAUUCUCUCAAAAGCUAGAGCCGGACAACCACCUCAUCUCAUCGUGGACUUGCACAUAGAUGACGCCACGGAGAUCGGUAUGUGGAUGAAGGCUCUGCAAAGUGUGCUGCAAGGCAUGGAGGCGACUCAAGACGAGAACCAAGGAGGCGAUCGCUUGAGUCCUGCGGGAUCGCAGAAGCAACCCACAUCGACAUUGCCCUCGGCAAGGUCUCAGGCAUCUUCCGAGGUGGAGGAAGAAUGUGUCUUGCUUCGAGCGAAAAGCCAGAAGCUGCAGCAGCGGAUCGCGGGCCUUGAGGCGAUCAGUGGGCGCCGUGAGAAGCAAAUGAAGAAGCUCCUCAAGCGCUUGGACGGCGCCAUGCAGAUGUUGGAUGCCUUGCAGGACAUGUGCGGCCAACAACGGAAGGUGAUUUCGGCGCAACAGAUCGCCAUUUUGGCGCUCAAGGAUGAAGGAGCGAUUGAUGAGGCUGAAGAGGGCGACAAUGACGACGAGGCUGACGAAGCAGAGGAGGAAGAGGAUGACGAAGAAGAAGAAGACGCAGAGGUUCCUCAAGGCGGGGCAAGGCCCUUCGAUCCAGAGGCCCCGGGAAGCGAGCAGCAGAUCAUGGCCUUGCUCAAACAGGCGGAUGAGAUGGAGCGUGCCUUGCGGCAGAUUGAGGCGAUGGAGAGCGCUGGCAUCCUCAACGAGAACUUUAUGCAGGCUGAUCAGGAGGCUGAUCAAGGUGAAUCGGUGGAGGAAAUUCUCAACCGCUUCAACACGCUGGAAAAGGAGAAAGCCAAGUUUGAGGAAAUGGUAAGACAAGCUCAACAGGGGAGGUCGGCCCACUGA